AUUAUUCUACACUUCCAGCCUAAAAUCCACGCCUUACACGCUCGCUCGCGUAAACGCAUUAUCCAUGCUCGAACCUCGCAACUCCGAAUUGGCUCCGUUUUGUGUUAUCUACGCAGACCAAGUUGAAGACUUAUCUUCGAAGAAACUCAUUUCAACUGCCUACACGCGUUCACAAGAUUAAUACGGCAGCCUAAACAAGCGCAACAACCACCAGUUGGUUACGUUUCCUCCGUUAAAUUUUCUUAAUCGUUCUUCGUUUGUAUAAUACGAUCACGAAACACGUUUUCCAAAAACUUCCAACACUUUUAAAGCUCAGUCCUCCGCCUUUUAUUUUCGUUUGCCACCAUUGCGUCGCACAUUUCCGCUUUUCAUAUUCAUCGCACAAUAUCGCAAUCAAAUCAAGUAAUCAGCUAAACUGAAAAUAGAAACCGUAUCUAUAUCAUUCGUUACUGAACGCGUCCAACUAUGUUCUAUCUCCGUCUGCGCUUCCGUAGAAAAUUCAAAUUCUUCGCAUACCAAAUUGAAAAAGAUGCUAUGCUUCGUACUUGCCCAUGUAUACCCUUCCCGACCCCGAAACCGACUACUAAGCCGUACCCGUUUUAAAUGCUUAAUGCAAUUAUGCCAUUUUACGCUUCGAAAUUAAGCAUUUCUUGUUGGUUGGGUACACAUCUAAACAAUCAAGUGUCGGUGGGGGGUAAACGCGCUAAAUCUUAGCGGGCAAAUAUCUCGCUUGAAACCCCAAAUACACUAUGCCAGCUUAUACAUUUAACAGAACAGCCAUACGAGGACUUGAGCACAAACCAAAUGACUUACUAUACAAUACUCAAGGAACUGACUAUGUGGACGCUAAUUUCCUUUCCCACUAACUAUCACUUUCCAAACCCCUUUUUUCAGCAACGAUUAAUGGAGAUUUUCGAGUUUUUCAUGAAAGCGUUGCUCAUUGCCUCUGCAUGAAGUUGUAUUGCGCUCUUGAAUUUCCAAUCAAUCGGCCUAGUGCUUUUUUUCGGCACUUGUUUGAUAAUUGCUAAAACUACCAGCUGUGCAAAAAAUCGAGUGCGUAAUAAAAGAACGCUCGGAAGCCUAAAAGCACACCAAAACAAUUGCUUGCCAUCGAUGAAUAUUUUUUUAAAGAAACAAGUGAAAAUUGCCAACGCUAAAAACGGUUUCCUACAUUGAAUUGAUCUACACUCCCAGGAUACAUAAGCAUACGCACAUACAUACAUAUAGAGAUUACCGGAAAAACAAAGCAGCUACCGACCGGCCUGCUUAUAAAGUUAUAAUCGUACACACAAGACCUGUGCAGCAAUUAAAUACAAAAUAAAUACGUACAAACAUUUCAUACGUGGGCACAAGGUUAUCAUAAACUAUCAAGGUGUUUGAUAUGCCCCGCGGUAAACGGCGUGCAAAUCACGACAUGGGGGGCGAAGAGGAGCGUGCAACUUCCAAGCGACCACGCGGUGGAUAUGCUACAACACAAAACACCAGCAGACGCCACAUCAAGGCUGAAGAUAGUUUUAGCCAAAAGCGUUGUGUAGAUUGGUUUUGUAAAUACACAAAUCCCGAUGAGCCGGAUACGCUAGGUCCCGAUGGUAUGGAGAAAUUCUGCGAUGAUAUUGGUGUUGAGCCGGAAAAUGUUGUGAUGCUUGUGCUAGCCUACAAAAUGGGCGCCACACAAAUGGGCUUCUUCAGUCGUUGUGAAUGGUUAAAGGGCCUCACCGAACUGGAAUGUGAUUCUGCUGCAAAAAUGCAAUCUAAAUUAGAUUAUUUAAAAAGUAUACUCAACGAUCCAAAUGUCUUCAAAAGCAUAUACAGAUAUGCCUACGAUUUUGCCAAGGAUUCUGAUCAGCGCAGCAUGGAUAUAAACACAGCUAAAGCAAUGCUACAGUUACUACUCGGCAAGCAUUGGCCGCUGUAUCCACAUUUCGCGCAAUUCCUCGAUCAAUCAAAGUACAAAGUUAUUAACAAAGACCAAUGGUGCAACAUACUUGAAUUCUCGCGCACAAUCAACAACGAUUUAACGAAUUACGAUAUCGAUGGAGCAUGGCCUGUUAUGUUGGAUGAAUUUGUGGAAUGGUUACGACUGCAACGCACAUGUACGAGUACUACAACAUUAAGCUGAAAUUAUAUCUAAAAUACCAAAUUUAUGAUAUUAACAAAACAAUGUCGAGAUCAAUAACACAACUACAUAAAAAAAGAUCAACUAAAACAACUACGUGAAACUCAAGUACCACAAAUAAACAAAAUCAGCAUAUUCCAAAGCAAAACAGUAAACAACUUUAAAGCUUGUAACAACAACAAAUACUAUAAGAGGUAUAAAUCAGUCAACCAAUUACCCGUAGAAACAAAUACAAGCGAAGUUAAAAACAAUAAUUCACAUAGAAAACAACAAAAAGCAGCGUAAUCAAUGAGAACAUUUAACGUAUUACUAUAAUAAUUACAAAACAGCAACAAAAUCAGAAGAACUACUACUACGAUAAAUAGUAAUUAUAUAAUUUGCUUCUUGAUAAUAUAAAUCUCAAUGGUUACAAAUAGAUUACCAUUGCCAUUAUUAAUAUAAUGAGGAAGAAAAGUUGAAGUAA